CGUGAGCAGUGCGUGCACCAAUUAUGAACAUAUGCAUUUUGGGUGCUUUGGUUUUCCCAUCGCUCCUCUUCCAUCUUCUCCCGCUCAGUUCGCUAUGUUUUUCAAAUUUCGCUCCAUUUUCCCGAGAAAAUCAUGAGAGAAAUAAAGCGAAAGCUUGAAACCUCAUAGCAGAGACUAGAGAGAUGGGCGAUGCAGAUUGCGAUAGCUGCGCCAAAACCAUUUGUUCAAUCUGUUACGAAGAUCUCAAGCCCAUUGUCGAGGAUCUCCAAGUCAUCACCAUCUGCGGUCAUGUCUUCCACGAGCUCUGUCUGCAACAGUGGUUCGAGUACUCUGCGAGGACGAAGAGAUACACUUGCCCGGUGUGCAAGCAAAAUUGCAAAGAAAAGGAUGCCGGUCGACUUUAUUUUCAGUCGGUGGGGGACUCAGCGGAUCCCAGUCUCACUCAGAGGCCGAUUAACCAAUGUGAGGAAGAUCCCGUGGUGUUGCGUCGAGAGGUGAAAAGGUUGGAAGUCACGGCGCUAGGGCUUCGUUCGGCUUUUGAUCUUCAGGGGAAGGAGCUUAAAGAGCUCAAAGAGGAGCUUUGUCUAUGCAAGGAUGAGGCAAAGAAAGAAGCAGUGUUGAAGAAUGAAGCCUUGAAACAACAAGCAUCCAUGCAGCAGCAGCUUCAUAUGAAAUCUGAGGCCCUUGAUAAAUCGACUAUGGAACGCUUGAGGUUGCAAGACAGAAACAUGGCAUUGGCCAAAGAGCUUGCAGCAUUCAAAUUGGUAUCUGAUUUAGAUCUGAAUGAAGAUGAGGUUCUAAAGCUUUCCACUCUUGGUAAUGGGGCCAACACCAAAGACACGAUAGAUAUUCUAAGAAAGUCCUUGGAGAUGAGUAAAAGGAACUACAAAGAAUUGAUAAACAAAUACAAUGGUAUUGCACGAGAAGCCCGUGAGAGCAAAAAACUUGAGAAGGAGGCUAAAGAAAAGAUUAAAAAAUUGAAGAAUAGGGUACAAGAACUGGAGAUGGCUGUUGAAGUAAAAGAUAAUGAAGAUUUGAGGGAUUUAAAAGCUUCAAAGAAAACUCGGGGUGAAGGAGUUAUGCAGAAUGGUGUACAGUGUAACUUUAAAUCAAUGCCUGUCAACAACUCAUCCGAAGAUCAACGAGAACAUCUGUAUGCUCCCAAGCGUAAGUUGAAUAAGACUGAAAACUUGGAAAAUGAUCUACUGUGCCAUAGGAGAACAGAAAACUUCAAUUUCACUGAUCACAUGGAUGCAAAUUGUACCAAAGAUGGUACAAGGACCCCUGCUCAUGAUAAAGUAAGAGAUGCCUACUCUUUAAUAGAUGAAGAUGCUUCAAAAGUUUCCACAACUAAGCAUGGACUUUCAAAUCUCAAUUUGAAAGAACAAACCUAUGAUGGUGUUGCUAUCCAGAAGUGUACUCGGUUGAGAUCAGAGGCAGCUUCUGAUACUAAGAAAGAAACUUCAGUCAUUGGACUAAGCAAUCUGGUUGAGCCUUUUGGUUCAAUAACUGGUACCUCUAAGAAUACCGCCAAGACCCCUGCUGCUGAUAUGGCUGAUGUUGUGAUUCUUGAGGAUGUUGAACAAGUUCAACCCAUUUUUAACAUCAGAAAGGAGUCUCCUAGCCCACAACCACUUCCCAGUCCAGGGGAUAUAUGUUUUUCUGGUGGCUUGCUUGGGCCUGAUGGAACAAACAGAUAUUUAGGUAAAUGGUGCAAGCGGGGUCUGAACAAGGGAUCAGAAUCAAGUGCAGAUACUGGUCGUUUGAUUGCUGUAGGAGCUGAUGGAAGAGGUGGUAGAAUCAAAGUUCUGAGAUCUUUGAAUCAAUUGACAGUGGAUAAUAAGGAGAAUUCAUCAGGGACAAAGAGGUGCAAGACUGGAGCUAAGACAAACAGUUCGCAGUCCCAAGGGUGCUUGCAAAUAGAACACUUCUUUGGAAGGGUUGGCAACUAAUCAAGUGUUUGAAGCCGAAGACAAACCUUAUACAGAUGUCCAGAAAUAUCAGUGGUUACUAUUUAAGUUAAGAGAAAAGAAAUGUCUUGAACGAUUGCCGAUGGGAUUUGUUUCUUCCGUUCAAAAUGAUGUGUCUUCUUGUAAAAAGUUUCUCCCAUUUUGUUGUCUAUAGCAUAACUUGUUCGCCAGUUCAAAAUGAACCCCGGGUGCAGUUUUCUCUUAUGCCCCUUGGACAAAUCUCAA